AACUCUUUGCGGAGAAUUUUUUUAAAGACUUGUGGAUUGGUGACAGAAAGAAUUUUCUUUCAAUUUCAAUCGUCGCAACGCUUUUCCGACGCCAACUUCUUCUCCUUUUCUCCUCUUUCCCCUUCUUUAUUUCUCUCCCGGUAUAUGUGUAUAUACAUAUAUAAAAAAAAAAGAAAUUGUUGUUGAGGGUAGAUAAUUAUUAUUGAUCGAUUAAUUGGAUUCUCAUUUUUUUUUCUUGUUAGUUAAUUACUAAUAAGAAGAAUUCUGGAGUGAUCAGUUAGUAUCACAGUGUUUAUUUUUUAUUAUUUGAGAUUGAGAUGGGAGUGGAGACGCCGGAGACUGGAAUGGUGACGUCACCGGUGGGAAUAGCCAUGGAUUUUCCGGUGACCGAUGGAGCCAUGUCUUGUUCGCCGCCCAAGAUGCCUUCCAGGCUUCUCCGGAGGAUGUCCGACCCCAAAACUUCCACUCCUCCUACUGUUGAACAAAUUGAAGCCAAGCUUCGUCACGCUCAUCUUCGUCGUCAGAAAUUUUACGAGCAUUUAUCAAGCAAGGCAAGGCCGAAGCCCAGAAGUCCUUCACAAUCCUCAUCUGACGAGGACGAUCGUGGACAGCGUCUCGAGGCUAAGCUUCAAGCUGCUGAACAGAAAAGGUUGAGCAUUCUAGCAGAGGCUCGGAUGCGCCUUGCAAAGCUGGAUGAGCUGCGGCAAGCAGCUAAAACUGGUGCAGAAAUGCGUUUUAGGAAGGAAAGAGCUGAAAUAGGCACAAAGAUGGAAUUGCGGGUUCAGCAGGCAGAAACUAAUAGAAUGCUUAUCCUGAAGGCUUACAAGCAAAGGAGGGCCAUGUUGAAGGAGAGGACAUCUCAAUCAUUAUUGCGAAGGAUGGCUCGAGAGAGCAAGUAUAAGGAGCGAAUUCGUGCUGCUAUCUGUCAAAAGCGUGCAGCUGCUGAGAAGAAGCGAUUAGGUUUGCUGGAAGCUGAGAAAAAGAGGGCAUGUGCAAGAAUACUUCAAGUGCGAAAGGUAGCAAAGCGCAUCUCUCACCAGCGGGAGAUUAAGAGACGGGAAAUACAAAACAAGUUGGAAGACAGGCUUCAACGGGCUAAGAGACAGAGAGCGGAAUAUUUGAUGCAGAGAGGAAGGGGCCAUGGUUCUGUUCGUGGUAAUGGGAAACAAAUCCAUGAGCAGGCGGAUGUUCUUUCUAGGAAAUUGGCAAGGUGCUGGAGGUGCUUUUAUAAGCUGAGGAAAACCAGUCUACAACUGGCAAAGUCCUACAAUGCACUGAAAAUUAAUAAGAGCUCUGUGACAGCAUUGCCAUUUGAGAAGCUGGCACUUAUGAUUGAAUCAGGAUCUACACUUAAGACGACAAAAGCUUUGCUUGACCGGCUUGAGAUUCGAUAUGUAUUGUCACGGGUGUUUGCUUCGACUCCUAGUCCUUCUAGUUGGGAUGACAUUGAUCACCUUCUCAAGCGAGUAGCAUCCCCGAAAAGGAGAGCUACACCCAGGAAAUCUAUGGGAAAUAGAGAGGCUAGGAAACAAGGCUCCAGCAAACAAGCACCCAAAACUCCUCCUAAAUUAUCUAGGUACCAAGUGAGAGUUGUGCUUUGUGCUUACAUGAUACUGGGCCACCCAGCCUCAGUUUUUAGUGGUCAUGGAGAUCGUGAAAUUGCUCUGGCAGAGUCUGCUGAAAAAUUUGUGAGGGAAUUUGAGUUGUUGGUUGAAAUUAUGUUAUAUGGGCCUAGAGAGAAUUCUAACAAUCCUGAUCAUGCGUCAACAAGAAGAUUGAACUUUAGGUCUCAGCUUGCAGCUUUCGAUUCAGCAUGGUGUUCUUAUUUGAAUAGCUUUGUUGUGUGGAAAGUGAAAGAUGCCGAGUCUCUCGAGGAGGAUUUAGUGAGAGCUGCUUGCCAUCUCGAGCUUUCAAUGAUUCAGACUUGCAAGAUGACUCCUGAGGGUGAGAGUGGUUCUCUUACUCAUGAUAUGAAGGCUAUACAGAGACAGGUAACAGAAGAUCAGAAACUUUUGAGGGAGAAGGUUCAUCAUCUGAGUGGGGAUGCUGGCAUUAAACGUAUGGAAACUGCAAUUUCUGAAACAAGAACAAAAUAUUUUCAGGCAAGGGAGAAUGGGAGUCCUGUUGGUUCACCUUUCACUGAUGUUUCUUCUCCCAUUACUGCUAGUAUCCCAACUUCCCAUCCUUGUCUCGGUACCUCAGAAAAAAGUAGUACUGUGAAUGGGAAUACUCAAAAGCCAAAUAAUGUGGCGAGGAGAUUAUUUGGGGAUAAAGAUAAUCUGAGUGAAGUUAGUGCUGACAGGCAGUCCCACACUUCUGGUGUGAAGAUGGAUUUGGAGAAUGAGUUGAUUGUAAACGAAAGCGUUCAUGGAGAGCAACUUGUACAUGAUGAAAACAUUAGUUUUGCAGAUGGCAGCCAAAACAGUAUGGAGGAAAAGGUGAAAGAGACAAUGAAGAAAGCUUUCUGGGAUGGCAUAAUCGAAUCAGUGGAACAGAAUGAACCAAAUUUUGGCCGCAUUAUUGAACUAAUGAGGGAGGUCAGAGAUGAAAUUAGAUGGAUGGCGCCAGAGAGCUGGAAAGGAGAUAUUUCUGAAGUGAUUGAUCUGGACAUUCUUUCUCAGGUAUUGAGUACGGGUAAUCUAGACAUGGACUAUCUUGGGAAGAUUUUGGAGUUUGCACUGGUCACAGUAGAGAAGCUUUCUGCUCCGGCUCAUACCGAAGAAUUGAAGGCUAAACAUCGUGGGUUUUUGGAAGAAUUGGCUGAGAUGUGUCGAGCUGGGGAUGCAUCAAGAAAGUCGCAUAUCAUAGCACUUGUUAGGGGUUUGCGCUAUGUAUUAGACCAAAUACAGACACUCAAGCAAGAGGUCAGUAAAGCACGUAUACGACUUCUCGAACCAUUGCUCAAGGGACCUGCUGGUCUGGAUUUUCUUAGGAAAGCUUUCAUCAAACACUAUGGGGAUCCUGAUGAUGCCCUGACCACCUUACCACUGACAAUGCAGUGGCUUUUGUCUGUAAGAGACAUUAAAGACCAACAAUGGGCCGAACACACUAAUAUUCUGUUGGAAUUGAUUAGAAGCCAUGAAUCCUCAUCUGAAAGGUCGGUGCCUUCAACCACACUUCGAACUGGGGGAAGCUUUUCGGUGAGAAGUGGAAAUCAAGCAUCGCUAGUUUCUUCCUCUGCUACUAGCUCUUCAGGGGCAGAAUGCAAGGGAGAAAAGGUGGAUUUGAUGGUGAGGCUUGGGUUGCUAAAGUUGGUUAGUGAGAUCUCUGGUAUAACCGAAGCAAGCUUGCCUGAAACCCUGAAGCUCAAUUUUAUGAGGUUGAGGACUGUUCAGGCUCGCAUUCAGAAGAUCAUUGUAAUUGCUACAAGCAUCCUAGUCCUGCAGCAGACCUUUUUUAGUGAGAGAAUCGCAAUCAGCCAUGGGGACACUGAGCGUAUUGUCUUGAGUAGCGUUAGACAAUUGACUGAUCUCCUGGACAUGACCAAGGAUGCUGGUAUCUUGGAGAUCACUGAGUUAAUAACUAGAGUUGUAGAUGAUUGUGGUUCUGUUGAUAACACGAAGCUCCAAUCGAUAAAAAAUAUCAUGGCUCGGAUGUUAACCAAAAGCCUUCAAGCUGGGGAUACUAUUUUUAGUCGGAUAUCCCAUGCAAUCUAUGUAGCUAGUAGAGGUGUUGUACUUGGUGGUAGUGGUACGCAUGGAAGAGAAUUAGCUGAGAUUGCAUUACGGCAAGUUGGUGCAGCUAGUCUUUUGGAUGAGGUGGUUGGCGCUGCAUCAGUACUGGUGGUGGCAGCUACCGUGUCAAUGAAUGUUCAUGGGCCAUGGUAUGCACGUUUGUUGGAGAACGUGUGAAGAGAGAAAUAAGUCAGAUAGUACUCUGGUAAAGAACAUCCAGAGAAACACAGUUAUUGGUUCUCUUGUAUAUAAUGUAUUAGGGAUUCUAGUUGCUGUAUGAUUCGAAAUUCAAGUUUAAGAUACAUUAUUGUGAAGAAGGGGUUAGGGGAAAUGUAAAUAUUAGUGAAAUAAAGGACAGGACACAGUUAUUGCUUAGCGUUAGGGAUUGUAUUCCUCUUCUGUGCUGUGAAAGUAGCGAGUGGCUGUCUACCAGUCUAUUCAAGCUAAACACAGUAAAGUAAUGUUUGAAGGAAACUUUGUGUCGAUGUAUCAAAUUCUGUUAUAUUAGUCGGUGGCAGCAAAUAAUAAUGUAAUAACACCAAUCUUCCUUUGACGAGCAUGUAUACUAUCUUGUUCAU